AUGUCAAACCCCCGUAUUGAGGACGUUACCGAGGAGGAGGUCAAGAAGGUCGAGGUUGAGGACCAUGAUUCUGAGGAGGAGUCUGGUGCCGAGGAUGCAGGUGCCGACGAGAGCGGAAUUCCCGCCGGAUCUUCUGUCGCUGUUCACAGUAAGAACGAGAAGAAGGCGAGGAAGCAGAUCGCCAAGUUGGGAUUGAAGCAUGUUCCUGGCAUCACUAGGGUCACUUUGAGGAGGCCUAAGAACAUUCUUUUCGUUAUCAGCAAUCCCGAUGUCUACAAGUCCCCUACCAGCGACACCUGGAUCAUUUUUGGUGAGGCCAAGAUCGAGGACUUGAACUCCCAGGCACAGGCCAACGCCGCUCAGCAGCUUCAACAGGCUGAGAAUGCGUCAAGCAUUGAGGCUGACUUCGCCGCUGCCGCCGCCGCCGACAAGGGCAAGGGCGCUGCUGAUGCUGCUAAGGAGGAGGAGGAGGACGAUGGUGAGGAGGUCGAUGAAGAGGGCCUUGAGAACAAGGACAUCGAGCUCGUGAUGGCUCAGGCCAACGUUUCUCGAAAGAAGGCUAUAAAGGCGCUCAAGGAAAACGAUAAUGAUAUCGUCAAUUCAAUCAUGGCCUUGAGCGUUUAG